AAUCAGGUUCGAAAGGCAUUUCUCCGCGUCUUCUCUGAAGGACUUCGGCAUGAGGGCCUCUGCCACAUCAGCAGGCGUAAUCUUGGUCUCCUCCAUCAAUCUUUCUAUUGUCUCAAACAACGGAUGUGCUUCUACCAACAGUUUUAAUAGGUACAAUGGUGAGACCUCCUUGUUACGAGAGAUUGAAUGCCAAAACGGGUAAUUCGACUGAAGAGGAGGAUGUAAAGAAAACAGGGCUGAGGAGAGGCGGAAAGAGUUGUCGGCUAAAAUGGACCAACUGUUCAAGGCAUGACAACAACUUCACUCCCGAAGAAGAGGAGCUCAUCGUUAGGCUUCAUGCAGCUAUUGGAAGCAGGUGGUCGAUAAUCGCCCAACAACUACCCGGGAGAACGGACAACGAUGUGAAAAAUUGCUGGAACACUCAACUGAGAAAGAAGCUUUCCGACAUGGGUAUUGAUCAUGUUACUCACAAGCCCUUCUCCAAAGUCCUUGCGGAUUAUGCAAACAUCGGCAGCCUCCCGGAGGCUGGAAGUGCUCGAAUCGGCUCUCUCAAUCGAGACUCAAAGAACUCAUUCAUCUUUGAUUCAAUGCAAUUUCCAAACCCGCAGGAAGCAUCAUUCUCAAACGCCAACCCCCAUUUGCCUACUUUAACAGAACAAACUCAAGAAAAUUCCACUCUAAGCUGGCGCGAUUACAUCGUUGAUGAUCCGUUUCCACAGGCUGAUGAUGAGCAACGAAAAGAAAACAAGAUAGUAAUUGAGAAUGAUAUAAAGCAAGAAGAGAAACACGAGCUCUCCAUCAAUGACUUUGAAGCUUCAUCAUCUUCCAGCAGUUCAUUUGUUGAAGCCAUGCUAGAUCGACAAAACGACAUGCUCUUGGAAUUUCCUGGACUUUUGGAAGAAUCAUUCCUCGAUUGAGGCGCCAACAAGUUAAUUUUUUCGUGGUAUAACGAAAAACUAUGUGAGCGCUUCAAAUAGAUCACUUGAAAUAACGAAAACGGCAACCUUUCGGUUAUAAUUGAUAUGCUAAAUGGACGUUUUUAGGUGAGUUGCAUAUUUUUCUUUCAGAAACUUGCAGGAAUCAACU